UGAAAAUAGAACCAAAACAAAACAUGAAAAAGAAGAAAAAAGUUUAUAGAGUUUUUAAAGUACAGAAGACUUUUUAGAAGAUAGAGUCAACGAUGUCGUCAUUUAUUAAUACUGUAUCUUCAAUAAUGAACUCGUUGAAAUGGACAAAAAUUGAUGCCAUAACCUCCAAAACUAUUCUUAUUGGGAUGGUAUCUUUGAUGUUGAUGGUAGUCAUUAAGAAAAUAUUUGAUUUCUGUUUGUGGUACCGACAUUACAUAAAAAUAAUGAAACAGGUCCCUGGUCCUGAAAAUACACACUGGCUUUAUGGAAAUUUGCAUCUGCUGACAGAGAAACACUCAGACCAGCUGAAACUAGGAAGUGAGUUGACAGCUCGAUUCCCAAGAAUGUACAAGUUCUGGGUUGGACCAUUUAAUGCCACUAUUGUUUUGAACCAUCCUGAGACGAUCAAACAAGUUCUGAAAUAUGCAGAUUCCAAAUCCAUGGGCUUUGGAGGAGCUUACCGCCAUGUUUAUCCUUGGCUUGGGGAGGGACUACUUUUAGCAGAUGGACAGAGGUGGAGCCGAGCCAGGCGACUUUUGACCCCUGCCUUCCAUUUCAAGAUCUUGAAACCCUACAUACACAUUUACAACAAAGCUACCGAUCUACUGCUGCAAAAGUUUGAACAUUAUGCUGAGAGGGGAGAAAGUUUUGACCUUCUGAAGGAGAUGAGCUUAUGCACCUUAGACAUUCUUCUACAGUGUAUCUUCUCCAUGGAAACGGACUGCCAACAAAGAGAAUCUGACUAUGUCAAGUCAGUUUUGAAACUUGGAGAAAUUUGGAGCAAAAGAAAUAGAAAACUAUGGCUGUUUCCAGAUGUUAUCUUCUACAACACAAGAUGGGGGAAACAAUUCAAAGAGCAUUGUUCCAAAGUCCAUGACAUUGCACAGAAUAUUAUUAAAAGGAGACAGCAAGAAAUUGAUCAAUUAGAUGGAAUGGGUGAACGGCCAUACUUAGAUUUUCUGGAUCUGUUACUGCAAGCGAAAGAUGAGGAUGGAAAUAAAUUGACUGAUGCUGAGAUCAGAAAUGAAGUUGAUACAUUUCUAUUUGAAGGACAUGACACCACUGCCUCCUCCAUCAGCUGGUUGCUUCAUUUGUUGGCCCAGCAUCAGAACUAUCAGCAGAGAGUCCAGCAGGAACUGGACAGGAUAUGGACAUCAAAGUCAACCGAAUAUGUCCAGUGGGAGGAUUUACCUCAUUUUGAGUAUCUGACCAUGUGCCUGAAAGAAUCUUUAAGGGCAUCAUCCACAGUGCCAAUCAUCCAGAGACUAGUGCCAAGGGAAAUAACUAUUGAUGGCAAAGAUUUCCCACCAAACACUCUCUUCACAAUAGCUAUAAAUAGUGUCCAUCACAAUCCAGCUGUUUGGAAAAAUCCAGAUGAAUAUCUUCCAGACCGCUUCUCCAAGGAGAAUAUUUCCAACAUAGAUAAUUUUUCUUACAUCCCAUUUUCUGCAGGUCCAAGGAAUUGUAUUGGGCAGAACUUUGCAUUGAAUGAAGAAAAGGUGGUCCUUUCAAGAAUAUUAAAAAAUUUCACGGUGACGCUGGACCCAAGUUUUACUGUAGAGAAGAAGAUUGGCCCUGUGUUGAAGGCAGAAAGUGGAAUUCAUGUGUUUCUCACCAAACGAAACAUCAGAUAGUUCUGAUUUUAUCAGCAGACUGUUACAGUAGUGCAUUACCUUUGAUAUUGAAAACUUUUAAUAUUGAAAGCUGGGAAAUUUAUACUCACCACUUUUUGAUUCUCCUGCAGCUUGUUUUAAUACAUUGUAUUUACAGUUUUAUGUGAUUUUAAGGAAAUUAGCUGUAAAGAAGAAGGUACAGUUUCAAUACAAAAGUAAGCCCGAUAUUUUUCUAAAAUAUGAAAGUGAUAUAAGAAAACAAAAUUCAUUCUUUCUUAAUCAUAGAAAUUCCCUGCAGCAAGAAUACACAAAUCGUUUUUCUCAUAUGACCUCCUUAAUGCUAAUUGUGACGUCAUUAACUUGUGCAUUUUCCCGUAUUUUCUUAAAAAGUUGCAGAAGACAUCAAUUUUCAGUGGAAUUUUCUUUCAGAAAACAUACUCUGCCACCAUCGCCCGGAAAGAUUUUGAGAUAUGUGAUUUUUCAUAGCAGUUUACAUAAUAUAUCCAAAAAUUAAAGUGGGCGACGGUGGCAGACACUAUUUUCUAAAGGAAAAUAUAUGCACAGAAAUGAGUCGUUGUGAGGCUUUUCUGCAUGAAACUUAGAAAUGCACCAAAGUAAUGACGUCAUACUACCAGAAAGGUCCUCAUCCAUGCUAUAUUCUUUCAUGAUUUAUCAUAUUCAUCUACUCAACUAUUGUUAAAGCCAAUAUCAUAACUUUUUAAGACCAUUCAAUUUUUAGGGCACAUUAAAGCUCAAACUGUACCUUCUUCUUUGUUUCAAAGUGGGUAAGUGACUUAUUCUUCAAGUGCCAAGAAAAAUAACUCAUGCAGAGAUGUAACCUUGUGAUAUUUUUCAAGAGAACAAUUUGAAAUCUUCACCAAUAAUACUAAAAUUGGAUGAUUGUUUAAUUUUUCACUUAAAGUAUAUGUUUAUACAUUCAUUAUGUUAUUGUUUAUGAUUAUAAUACAGUUGUUAGUUUUUUUUUUUUUUUUUGUUUUGUUUUUAUUUUUGUUUUCAAUUAAGUUGUUUUAAAAUUCAUUCCUUACUCAGAUAUUUUGCAAAAUUUUCUGGUAAAAUAAAGCAAUUAAAAAGUUAUCAAACCAUCAGUUUACAUGUAACUGUGUAAUUUGAAUGACAUGUUUUAACAUAUUUUCUUAAUACUCAUCAAGAUAUUCAGAAUUUUAGUGUAAGCAGAAGCACUACAAAUAUUAUACUCGGAGAUACUAUAUCGCUUUGUACUAUGAUAUUUUCAAUAUAUGUGUUUGUAUUGGUUAUAAAUAGCAAUAGCUUCCUUUCUCACUGUAAAUAAUUGAUAAACAUGCAAUUGUAUGUAUAAAAUUAUAUGUGUCAGUAUACAUGUACCUACUUGCAUGACAAUAAAUUAUAUAUGCUUUAACACCCCCCCCAACUCCAGGAUGCUAGAGGUCCAUAGUGAGAUACCUUUGACGAUGUGUGUCACAGGUAUAUAAGGAGCAUAGGGAUGUUAACUGAGGCUUUUACUUGUAGGAGUACCCCCACCCCAUACCCAUGGCAUAUUAAUAACUUAUAUGUAUAUGUUUGCUUAUGUUAGCUUUGUUUUAAAUUUAUGGCAUUGUCUAAAAAAAUACAACAGUGUGGAAUUUGCUUAUGGCUCUCUCCUGAAUGGAAGAGGAUUGUACAUUAAGGCCAUGAUUUGUGAUGCAUAUAUGGGGAUAUCUUUUAAGUAGGUACGAGAUUAUUAAAAAAAAAAUUGUUUCAACUUUUUAUGCCAAAUGAUAAGAGAUAUUUUACGUGGAAGCAAUCUUCUGUUUUCGUUGCUAGGGAAGAUGCACAUUUUCAUGGGGAAAAUUGUGUCUCAAGGUGAUUUUUUUUUUCUGGUUUACAUAGUAUUUAUUUUCAGUUUCUCUGUUGUGUUCAUUAUUAUUUCUGCCAUGUACAGGACCUUUUUUAAUGUUACCUGGGUGUUCUUUGUUAUAUAUUUUUCUGAGGUAUUUAUAGUUUUAUUGGUUAUCAUUUAAUGCAAUACUCAAUAUAUCACCUUCUAUAACUCUGCUUACAGAGAAGUCAGAAAUAUUUUACUCAUGUUUUCUGAAUGUACUGGAAUAUAUUUUCAGGGUAUAUUGAACUAUUUAAUAUGUAGAAGAAUAUUAAAUAAAGAGUUU